AUUCUGCUCUUGAGAGCUCCAUCUCCCUGAAGUUCCCCAGGGCUUCCCCCGCCCUGGCAAAGAAAGCCUCGCAAGAAAGGCGUGUCUUCCUUGUCAGGAUUGCCGCUGCAGCUGCGGGAGGCAGCUCGGAGCUAUAAAAGCCCUGCUCAGAGGACGGCUUGGGCUUCACUCCCCGCCUCUGCUUGCUGCGAGAGCACCGAGGCCGUGCAGAGCCAAGCAGCCCCGCCGCCGCCGCCUGCGUGCCUGGGGGCAAAAGAGAAAGCGAGCGAGCGGAGACGCGCAGCCACCGAGGGCGCCGGGCAAGCCCAAUGCGCGGACUAGGUGCCUUUGCAACAUGCAGGAGCUACACAUCAGCUAAACGGAGUUUGCACGCCGCUGCUAGGGCUGGAUUGCAGCGUUCUCUUUCCUUAUGAAGAAGGCACAAACUUGGAUUAUCACUUGCUUUUAUCUUCAGCUGCUCCUCCUUAAUCCUCUUAUCAGAGCCCAAAGUCCCUGCGGGAAUCCUGUGACGGAUGAUGUGUAUGACAUUGCAAAACUGGUUGGAAAUCUUCCAAAUGAUUAUAUGAUAACCCUUAAAUAUGUCCGGAAGAUGGACAGUCUGCCUAAUCAUUGUUGGUUGUAUCUGAUGGUUCCUGAAUUGUCAGCGAGUCUGAAUAAUCUUCUGCACAGAUUUAAAGACUUUUCAGAUAUGUCAGAUGUCUUAAGUAAUUACUCAAUCAUCAAUAAUCUCACAAGGAUCAUCAAUGAUCUAAUGGCAUGCCUGUCUACUAAUAAAAAUAAGAACUUUAGAAAAUAUAAUGACCAUCUUUAUGAAGAAGGUAAAUUCUUUCCAGAAGAGUUCUUUAAGCACUUUAAUAGCACUAUUGAUGUCUACAAAAGCAUUGCAAAAGCACCAGAACAGAGCGACUGUGUUCUGCUUUCAGCAACAGAGCCCUCCCCAAAUGAUGCCGGCAACAGUGUCACAGAGCCAAUUUUGUUACAUCCUGUUGCUGCCAGCUCUCUUAAGAAUGACAGCAGUGGCGAUAGCAGCGAGCACGCAGAGCUGGGUUUCCUCAACAGCGCCAGCAUGCAUGGAAUCAGCAUAGCACUAACAGGGCUGGUGACUCUUCUCAUUGGCUUUAUUUUGGGAGCUCUGUGCUGGAAGAAAACAACCCGCAAACACUUUUCAGAAAGUGACCAGAAUACAGAAUCAAACAUCUGCCAUGAGGAUAACGAAAUAAGUAUGCUGCAGCAAAAAGAGAAAAUACUUCUACAGGUGUAGCUGUUGCUUUUUUAUAUAUAUACACUGUUACUGUUUCAUGUCUUGGCAGCUAACAGUUCCAUGUUUGCUUCAUAAAUGAAGCAGCUUUAAGCAUAUUUGUAUUCCUUCUGGAGUGACAGACUGAGUCUGCAUCUGUUGUUGUUGCCCGUGACUCCAUUUUGAGAAUAUAGAGCUGUGGACAAAGAGCGUGCUACUGUGAAACCAACGUUGAAUUAAACAUCACAGAAGAGUCUGCACUGAAAUGGACUGUAUUUUUAUAUUCAGACAGAUUUGUUUCUUUGCAUCUUCAAAUUUGCAGUGGAAUUUCGCGAAUGCAUGAACAAAUAAUUCUGGAUUUAUGUGAUCCAACUCCAAAAGUCAUCAGGAAAUUUGCAUUUUGUGUACAAAAGGAGACUCUGAAUGGGAGAAAAACGCAGAAAUUAAUGAGAAUAUAAAUCUUCAGCACUGUACAUAAGACUUGCAAGUGAGGUUAUGCAGUGGACUAAUGUGCUAGCUUUCUUUCAUCGGUGGAACUGGGUUCAUAUUAAAUAAGAUUGGAUAUCUGUCGAGCUGUAAGUGAAACUUUAUUCCAUGUCACAGAAAACAAACAUACACUUUGGCAAAGCUGUUAAUAUCCAUCAAGGAGAAGUAAACACUGGAUCAUGAAAAUGGGGCAAAUGGAAUAGAAUGGAACAUUGAUUGCCUGAUGUCGGGGAGACUCCUAUUAAUGUUCCAGUGAGAAAAUGGAGAGAGAGAAAAAGUCAGCUUCAGGAAUAAAUAAAAAAAAUGCCAUGAAGUCUAUUUAAAAUGCAUAUAAACAUGCAAUUUUGUUCUUGACAUUUGCAAAAAAAAAUAAAAAUGUCAUCUCGAAGAUACCAAGGUUUAGUUUAGCUUUUACUGUAUGCCAUUUCAUAUUUGCAAAUGAAUUUUAAAAGUAAUACACUUUUCAUCACUUAACCUUCUCCAUCAAUUAUUAUAUUAGUUCAGCUCAAAUAAAAAAAGAGAAAACUUUCUUAAUAGUUGUCAACCUCUUGAUAUUAUUUGUAACAAAGCAGUGGACAACAAAUCCAAGAUGGAAAAUAACCUGCUAUUCAUAAAUUUAAAAGAGGGCACUAAAAGUUAACCGGAGCCCAUAUAGAAUUUACUUAAGUUAUUAUUAUUUCCGGAAGAGAUAUUCACAGGAUAUUGUAUUCUGUGAAACAGCUGGGUUGCUCUACAUUCCAAGCUACUAAUCCAAUAGUAACCUUAAACUAUAAUCUUAACUAUUGUUAAACUAAAAGUUUAACUAUUGUUAAAAUGCUCAUUUACAACGCAGUGAUUAAGUUACCCAUGCUUAAGGGAUACUUUAUUUAAAAUAUUUUCACAUAUUUAUUUAUUUUUCAUAUAUGUCACAGACUCUUAGAAAUAAUAUAUGAAAAGCUAUAGAAUGUAUUUAGGAUUGAUUUAAAAAUAACACAAAUCUGGCAUUCCGAAAAUCUCUGUCCUGUUAUUUUUUGGCUGGUAAUGAAGCUAAAUGACAGCAUACGUACCGCCAAAGCUAUUUGAAGUAAUUAGGAUGAGAUCAGUGUGUCUGGCUGUUAAUCAGAAGGUUGGUGGUUUGAUCCUACCCAGGGAUGGAUGGCUUUGAGCAGGAUUCCUGUAUUGCAGGGCAUUGGACUAGAAGACCCUUGAGGUCCCUUCCAAUCUACAAUUCUAUGAGGCAUAUUUGGGAUGCAUGCUGCAGUCCAAAUGACAGAGCUGAUCUGUUGAGCUGGCUUGAUGAUGCCCAGGACCACCAGCUUCUAUCUGUGACUAUAGCCCAUAGCUAGAUCAGAGCCUACAAUUGUGACUGUCCAUCUUUAGAGUCGAAAAAUCAUGAAAGUCUCUGUGCAACCUGAAGAUAUAGGAAGAUCUGCUUGAAUGUAGCUCUAGUGCAGGCCCUGACAAGGUAGAAACUAGAGCCUCAGUCAAUAGUAACAUGCCUCAGUAAAUCACUAUGCACAUCAUAAACAUGUACAACAUUUCACAUUCCAGUAAGUGUUCUGGAACACAGUUGUGUAUGCAAUAUCCGAAACCUGCUUUUUAAACUUUUUUUUUUCUUCAGAAGGGAACAAAGAAUCCAUUUGUUGCUUGAUUAAAAUGGCUUUAAAGGUAACAUUGCAUACUUGUUGGAAACUGCAGUACAUCUUGUGCAAAGAUUCUUUUAUACUGCAGGGUUUAUAACAAUGCCACAUUCUCUUUCCCUUCCC